AUGACGAACUCGUUUGACGUCGUCGGGAACUUUCGCGUUGCCGACCACCUUUCCUGGUCACCCCAACUAUUAAUCACCAACACCAACGACCUUUCGUCGUCUUUGUCGAUAUCUAUCUCUUUCAACGACCUAGGAUCUCACAUCAAGAUGCUCUCUACCGCUAGGAAUGUUCUGAAACCUGCAGCGCGCUUGGUACAAGCCCGUGCGUUCGCUGCUGGUGGGGCUAGGGCAUACCAGCAUACCUUGCCGCCCUUGCCUUAUGCUUACGACGCCCUCGAGCCGUAUAUCGCCACAGAGAUCAUGACACUCCACCAUACGAAGCACCAUCAGACGUAUGUCAACGGGCUCAACGCCGCUGAAGAGGCGUACGCCACCACGGACUCGACCGCGAAGAAGAUCUCCCUCCAGAACGCGUUGAAAUUCAACGGCGGAGGCCACAUCAACCACUCACUUUUUUGGAAGAACCUGGCCCCUGCCAGCGAAGGAGGAGGCAAGCUCGUGCAGGGUGGCGACCUCGAGAAGGCUCUCGUCCGCGACUUUGGGUCCGUCGACGCGUUCAAGACGAAGAUGAACACCACGACAGCUGCCAUCCAGGGCAGCGGCUGGGGCUGGCUUGGGUACAACCCCGUUUCUAAGAAGCUCGAGAUUGUGACGACUGCCAACCAGGAUCCGCUGCUGUCCCACGUACCUAUCAUUGGCAUUGACAUCUGGGAGCAUGCAUUCUACCUUCAGUACAAGAACGUUAAGCCAGACUACCUCAACGCGAUCUGGAACGUUAUCAACUUUGAGGAGGCAGAGAAGCGUUUCGUCGAAGCCCUCAAGCAGUGA